CCAACAACAACUAGAAUCCAGUGAGAGAGAGAAACAGACAGUCAGACAACAAAUGCAAUCCAGGAACCAGGUGAGGGACUUUAUAUCAGUACUAUAUCCAGAGGAAGGAUUAAAUGUGCUACAGGAGCUCCAACAACAACUAGAAUCCAGUGAGAGAGAGAAACAGACAGUCAGACAACAGCUGAUCAGCUCACAGAGACAGAAUCAAGAACUGAGACAGAGAGAGACUGAGUUAGUGCAGGCCAAGGACAGGGAGCUAAGAGAGAAGCAGACAGUGAGAGAUGAGCUAACAAGGAAGGAGAGAGAGUUAGCUGAGACUCAGCAGCAACUGAGACAGAAGGAGGAACAGCUGCGAUCAAGUGAGGCUCUAGUGGCUGACUUCCAGAAGGCCCAGAGAGACUCUGAGACUCAGAGAACAAAGACCCAGCCUGCUCACCUAGCAACAGCGGUACCCCAUGCCACACCAGUUGUUAAACGACGAAAGCUCACUGUGCAGUGUCAUCGUAAGAAGACAGCACCAUGUGGAAUCAAGAGAGGAUCUGCAACAACUGAUGGUCGAUUUGCAUACUUCAGCCCAGAUUGCUCCGACUCAGUCUUCCAAUAUGAAUGUAGUACAGAGAAAUGGGAGGAACUUCCUUCAUGUCCAUAUAAUAACUCUGGACUAGUCAUGAUUGACAGGGAACUAACUGUUGUGGGGGGACGGGAUGAUGGAUAUCGUCAUACUAACAAACUAUACACACUACAACAGGGGAAAUGGGUUGAGAAAUACCCUCCAAUGAAGGCUGCACGUUCCUUUCCUGCUGUAGUUACUACAUCUGAUGGUGAAUACCUCAUCGUGAUUGGGGGGUCUCUUGGUGUUGGUUGGACUGCUACAGUUCAACUGUUUCAAGUGAAGAGCAUACAAUGGCACCAACUAAAAGACUUACCACAACCUCUCGACUUCCCUUCUGCCACAAUGUGUGGUGAUCAGCUGAAUGUGAUAGGAGUUGAUGCUAAUGGCUACUCUUGUUCUAAACCAAUCACACCACCUCUCACCCUAUCCUGGAAACCUCUCCCUCCUCUACCAGUGACAAGCUCAACAGCUGCCACUCUCUGUGGACAGCUAGUACUCAUUGGUGGAGGGGGAGAUUGGGUCAAGUCCAUUCACCAGCUAGUGGGUGGACAGUGGGUGAAGAUUGGCUCUAUGACUAGUGGUAAGAAAUGGUGUUUAGUAGCCAAUACAUCACCCGACAAGAUCAUCAUAAUGGGUGGAUUUGGGCUGUUUGGCAGACUCGAUAGUGUUGAAGAGUGUGUUGUUGUAUAGUUUCAUGCACUUUUUGUGUCAUAAUACACAACAUUUCAACUCUCAAAACAGUUGGAGACAUUGUGUGUGUCACUGUUUUUUGUACAAGAAUGAUGUAAUGUCGAUUUCAUUUUGGCCAUGAGAUCUUUCAUGUCAAGCGAGA